GGUGUUCGACGGCGGUCGGUCGCGAAUGGCGAGGGUGUCACAGUGGGGUGCCUCGAAACUAGUUCCCGUCGAGUCCGUUGCGCGAGAUCGGCGCGUCGCGGUGUAACAACGUCCGCGUAGGGGUUGUCUAAUCGCGACACACGGCCCUCGUCGGAGGAGUCACUUGCAGCCAGUAAAAAAAAAUAGGCAGAGCGUGCACGUCAGACGCGGGGGUGCUUCGAGAGACUCGCGGUGGCAGUGUGGUCAACGGGCGGGACCGAAACGGUGGUGAAAAUUGGUUUGUGAAUCGUCCCUCUGGUAACUGGAGUAAAAAUCUCUGGCCAGGGAAACCGUGGACGAGGUAAAACGUCGACGAAACGGGGGAGAGUGGCGAACCCAGCGAGGGAGAUAGAAAUUCUCGGUAGGGUGCUAGCGUGAGAGAGAAAGACGCGUUGAUAAAGGUAGGGGGUGGUGGAGCGAGAAGAAACGAGCGGGUUCAGAAAGAGAGGGAAGGGAACAGGGGAGGACGCGAGAGGGUGGUAACACAGAGAGAGGAAGGCGCGCGCGCGCGCGCGUCUAUGUGCCAGAAGGAAGAACCACCGACAGACAAAGGAAGUGGAAAGGACCUACGUGGUCGGUCGGUCGGUCGGUCGGUCGGUCGGUCAGGAAAGUAAACGGCACCGAAGAACGGCACCGAAGGCAGGAAAGACGACGGAUCGUGGUGAGGAUAGAGUUCUGUGCGCGAACGGGUCGACCAGGCGAGCGCACGCGAACGUGGUGGAAACGCGUCGGGUCUGUCCCCGAGGAAGGGACCGUCGCGCGCAACGCGAUCAAUUUUCGUUGCGACGCGGGCGGCGAGAGACUGGAGCGAAAGAAGAAAUGACGACUGCGGCGAGAUACCGACGAUAACCGGCGGGACAAUGUUGUCGCAGAGCAAGUUUUACGCUCUCUUUAUCCACUACACGUUCGUGUAGCGCGACACGGGGCGGGUCCUUGCCGCUGCGGUGAAGAACGGAGCUGCUCGGAACGAGGUGGAGGCGUCGAGAGGCUCGUGGGACACGAAGAGAAGGAAGAAGAGAAAGAAGCGGAAGCACGACAAGACCGUGGCGCGUGCUGGGAGGAAACCGACCCCCCCGAGGAACGAGGGAUCCUGUUCCGUGGUAGGAAACGCGAGGACGUCCGUGGGACACGUUUGGUGAUCGUUGCCGUUUAGAAAUGUCGCGCGAACGGUAAACGACGAACGGGGGAAUCGAGUGCAGAGAGACGCGGCAAGCAUUUUCGGGGAGAACCCACGCGGCAGAUAUUACGCGCGGAAUAGACAGAAAUCCGAAAAAAAAAAAAAAAGUAAAAUAAAGUUUGUCCGUCGCACGGUGUGUGUUCAGUUUACAGUGUCGUUGCUUGGUAGUGUGCUACCCUUUGCCGAAGCUGAACAAGCAAGGCCCCGCGGAGGUAUCUCAGAACCCGCCCCUCCUCGACGUCGCAGUGCCUCUUCUCCGUAUCGCUACGUCGUGCUUUUUUUCGUUCGAGCCGCGACUAUAUCUCUACGCCACCGGAGAAACUCCUCGACCAUAAGCAUCGAUCGACUCGAAGACCAGACUAUGUUAUUUCGAAUAACGGAUUGAUCGCACCCGUCGCUUCAUUCACACGUCGGACAUGAAAAAUCUUGGUUCGCGUUGGACGGUCCCCGACAUAGCACGCACUGCCGCAGCGCGUUCGUCAUUUCUCGUCGCCAUUUCGUCGGAACGAGAUAGCACCCGCAGGAGAUUCAGCAACAACAGCGAUAGAAACAGCAGCAGCAGCAGCAGCAGCAGCAGUAUUAGCGUAAAGGGCGGAAGAAGUAGUGGUAGUGAAAUCGGUAACGAAAGUAUCAGAGGCGUCAGCGUCACGGCGAUCGACGAGAAGAAGCGAGUAACGAAGAGCAUCGGUAGAUCGGCAGUCGACGUGCUGCACGAUAAGCACUUAUCCGUCCGAUCGUACGUAACGGCGUCGUCAAAUCGGUUCGACGACGGGACGACGCGUUCCGAAUCGACGCCCAGGUGUCGGCCCCUAGCCGGAAAGUCGCGCGGUUCCCAGCAACGGUCUCGUCCUCGUCAGCCGCAGCCGCAGCAGCCACUCUACUACCACACCGCAUCGUGGGACACGCGCACAUUACACUUCAGGAACUGUUAGCACCGAUCAAAAGAAGGUGGCUCAGCUGUGUGCAGCUUAGACAAUGUCCGAAGAUCCUGACGCUAUAUCAGAAGAAAGAAGUUUGUUCCGUCCGUUCACGCGGGAGUCCCUGGCAGCGAUCGAGGCACGCAUCGCCGAGGAACAUGCCAAGCAGAAGGAGCUCGAGAAAAAGAGAGCGGAAAGCGAGGGAGGUUUUGGACGGAAGAAAAAGAAAAAAGAAGUUCGGUAUGACGACGAGGACGAGGACGAGGGUCCUCAGCCGGAUCCGACGCUCGAGCAAGGAGUAUCGUUGCCGGUCCGACUGCACAACGAAUUUCCAGCCGAGUUGGCCUCCGUACCUCUCGAGGAUGUCGACGGCUUCUAUCAUAACCAAAGGACCUUCGUCGUCAUCAGUAAGGGGAAGGACAUAUUCAGGUUCUCAGCGUCAGACGCGAUGUGGUGCCUCAACCCGUUCAACCCGAUACGACGCGUGGCCAUUUUCAUAUUGGUUCAUCCUUUGUUCUCCCUCUUCAUUAUCACUACAAUAUUGGUUAACUGCAUACUCAUGAUCAUGCCCACCACGUCCACCAUCGAGUCUACGGAAGUGAUAUUUACGGGCAUCUACACAUUUGAGUCCGCCGUUAAGGUGAUGGCGAGGGGUUUCAUUCUGCAGCCUUUUACCUAUCUUAGAGAUGCAUGGAAUUGGCUCGACUUCGUAGUUAUAGCUUUAGCGUUUGAAAACCAUUGUCGGCGCUGUGAUAGAAUCCGUGAAGAACCUGCGCGAUGUGAUAAUCCUGACGAUGUUCUCUCUUUCCGUCUUUGCGCUGAUGGGCCUCCAGAUUUACAUGGGGGUGCUCACGCAAAAGUGUAUAAAGAACUUUCCCAAGGACGGCUCCUGGGGCAAUCUCACCGACGAGAACUGGGAGCGAUUUGUUAGUAACGAAACCAAUUGGUACGUGGACGAUGCGAAAAACAUGCCUCUGUGUGGAAAUUCAUCUGGAGCAGGG